AUGGUAAACUACUUGCGAAUACUUGCUUUCUUCCUACUUCUCAUGUCUGUUUUUGGCUUUAUGUACAGAUUAAUUUAUACACAAACCUUUGAUUCGUACAUACCAUUCUUUUUUAAUCAAAUCAGUAUCUCCAGAACAAUAAGUCCUAAAGACAUUCUAAGUCAAGGAAAUGGCAUCAUAUUUAUAGAGACUACUGACAAGUUGAAUCCAUCUCCAAUAGUUCUUUGUGCUAUCGAGUCAGCAGCACGUGUGUACAAUGAUAGACCUGUAGCUUUUUUCAUGAAAGGUUUGAGCAAUGUAACAACAGAAGAGGAUGAGAACAGAAUUCGGAAGAAUUUCUCAACACUUUCAGCCUAUGAAAAUGUCUACUUCUUCCCUCUAAAAAUGGAGGAAGUGUUUAAUGAUACACCGCUGCUCCCCUGGUAUUUAAAGGUUGACCCUAAAUUAGAAAGACACUGGGUCCAUGUCAGCUCAGAUGGGUGCAGAUUGGCCCUGAUAUGGAAACAUGGAGGUAUUUAUAUGGACACUGACAUCAUCUCAAUUCGACAAAUCCCAGAUAAAGAUUUUCUGGCUGCUCAGUCUUCUCAGUAUUCUAGCAAUGGUGUCUUUGGCCUUUCAGUUGAUCAUGACUUCUGUUGGAAAAGCAUGGAAAACUUUGUCCAGAACUAUAAUGGAGCUGCAUGGGGACAUCAAGGACCAGGGCUGUUCACACGAGUUCUGAAACAAUACUGCACCUUGCCUGCCUUUAAGUCUUUAGAGGACAUCAUGUGUGGAAACAUCUCUUUCUUAAACCCCCAACGCUUUUACCCUAUUUCAUAUCCAUCAUGGAGACUGUAUUACUCAGUCUGGGAAAAACUGCCAACAUUUAAUGACUCAUAUGCUUUACACUUGUGGAACUAUAUGAACCAUGGAAAAAUGUCUGUGAUUCCAGGAAGUAAUACUUUGGUGGAUCAUCUUUACCAGCAGUAUUGCCCAAACACCUAUGAAUCUCUUAAGGGAAAUAAAACCAAAACUAGUUAG